AUGUCGUGUUGUCAACAGGAGGGACAUGAGGACCGCAGCUCGGGUCUUUUUCCAGCUCAACGCGGUGCUUGUCGUUGUCAGAGAGAGAGAGAGAUCUGGCCAGCAGAAGAAGUGUUUACACUUUCUCUGAAUAGGAACAUUGAAUUUAUAUUUUGGAAGAAAGGGAUUUUACACCGUAAUAUUGCCAAAUUUAACAUACGCCUUCUUUCGUAUGUGUAAUUUAUUUAUAAUGGGAAUAAAUGGAAAUGGACCAGAAAGAAGCCAGACUUGGAAGCAACACUUCUGCAGCUUUAGAGAAUAAAACAAAUGAUCACCUCUUGAAGUAACGUUAAUAACUCCUCACCGAAUGAUAUACCGACGUGUAUUUGCACAAGCCAACGCGUUUAAAUGUAAAGUAGCUAGGUGUUAACUUUUCCAGCCAGUUAGACAGCUGUCAUGGAUAUCUGUUCAAGACCGAGUGGAGAAAUUCAAAGAAAAAACCCGCAGCAGGAUUUCGAGCUUAUUCAACGAGUUGGGAGCGGCACAUAUGGAGACGUAUACAAGGCUCGAAACAUCCAAACGGGAGAGCUUGCUGCUGUUAAGAUUAUUAAACUGGAGCCAGGGGAUGACUUCUCCAUCAUCCAGCAGGAGAUCUUCAUGGUGAAGGAAUGCAUGCACCACAACAUAGUGGCCUACUUCGGGAGCUACCUCUGCCGUGACAAGCUGUGGAUCUGUAUGGAGUACUGUGGGGGAGGAUCUCUACAGGACAUAUAUCAUGUGACGGGUCCCCUAUCAGAGCUGCAGAUAGCCUACGUCUGCAGAGAGACCAUACAGGGUUUGGGAUAUCUACACUCCAAGGGAAAAAUGCACCGUGACAUCAAGGGUGCUAAUAUCCUCCUAACAGACAACGGGCAUGUGAAACUAGCUGAUUUUGGAGUAGCAGCCAAAAUAACAGCCACCAUUGCCAAGAGGAAGUCCUUCAUCGGGACUCCUUACUGGAUGGCCCCGGAGGUAGCAGCAGUAGAGAAGAACGGAGGUUACAACCAGCUGUGUGACAUCUGGGCCGUGGGCAUCACCUCCAUAGAACUGGCCGAGCUGCAGCCCCCUAUGUUUGACCUGCACCCAAUGAGGGCUUUGUUUCUCAUGUCAAAGAGCAGCUUUCAGCCUCCCAAGCUAAAACACAAAACAAAGUGGACCACAGCCUUCCAUAACUUUGUUAAAGUCUCGCUGACCAAGAACCCGAAGAAGAGACCGACAGCUGAGAAGCUCCUAACGCAUUUGUUUGUAGGUCAGACGGGGCUGACCAGGAAAGUAGCUCUGGAGCUGCUGGACAAGAGGAACAACCCAGACAACCACCAACACUUCUCUGAGGUGGACGACGAUGACCUGGAGCCUCUUUCAGCAGUGAGACACAUCAUUCGUUCAACCAACAAACACUCCAGAGCAGAGAGAACUCGCUCAGAGAUCAACUCAGCAGAAAACGGGAAUGAUGCAUCUCCAGGAAGUCCGUGCUCGAGCCCUGGCCCCCCUAACUAUCCUGCUAGUUUCCAUAGCUACCCUAUCUACGCUACAGAGGAGACGGACAGGGCCGAGGACAGGGGGGACCCAGUUGAUAAAGUGAAGUUUGAACCUCCGCUGAGGAAGGAAACAGAGGCUCACAUUGAAAUGGACGUGACUAAACACAGCGACUUCCCCUCUCCCUGGAGCCCUUUCGCAGAGGGAGGCAUCUCUACCAGGGGACACAUGGCCCAUCUGGAGGACGCCUUUGAAGACGUGGAGCUGUCGACCCUCAAGCACGGAAUCCCACCUCCUCUACCUCCAAAGCCUCAUCUGAGCAGUUUGUCAGAUGAGCCAGAUGUGAGUGAUGAGAGGUGUCUGACAGUGAGGAGAUUUCCAGGCUCAGAGGACAGCCCAGGUCCAGACCUGUUCCCCCGGAGGCUGAGCACCCCAGAGCAGGGCAACAAGGCGGAGCAUUCUGGUCCGGACUACCUGUCAGCCAGCGGCAGUAGCCCCAAUCUGCUAUCUACGUCCACAGCCUCAGACCCUGAUCCCGAUGACGGCGUGAACGGAGACAAUCCCAGUCCUCGUCCCAGCCGACCACAGAGGACGGAGAAGAAAGACUACCUCAAACCUGCCAUCAACGGCCUGCCGCCAACUCCUAAAGUCCUGAUGGGGGCCUGUUUCUCCAAGGUGUUUGAUGGCUGCCCACUGAACAUCAACUGUGCCACGUCGUGGAUACACCCUGAUACCAAAGACCAGUACCUUAUAUUUGGGACGGAGGAUGGGAUCUAUACCCUCAACCUGAAUGAGCUGCAUGAAGCCACCAUGGAACAGCUGUUCCCCAGGAAGUGUACCUGGCUCUACAUCAUCAACAACAACCUGAUGUCUCUGUCAGAAGGGAAGACUUUCCAGCUCUACUCACACAACCUGAUUGGUCUGUUUGAGCAGCUGAAGAAGCCUGGCCUGGCCUCUCAGUUCCACACACACCGCUUCCCAGACAAGAUGUUACCAAGGAGGUUUGCCUUGACAACGAAGAUCCCUGACACAAAGGGCUGUCACAAGUGUUGCAUUGUGAGGAACCCCUAUACGGGCCAUAAGUACCUGUGUGGAGCGCUCCAGUUUGGGAUAAUCCUGCUACAGUGGUAUGAACCCAUGCAGAGGUUCAUGCUUAUCAAGCACUUUGACUUCCCCCUACCCAACCCUCUGAAGGUGUUUGAGAUGUUAGUGGUUCCAGAGCAGGAAUACCCCAUGGUGUGUAUCGCUGUCAGCCAGGCCACGGAGCCAGGCCAGGUGGUUCACUUUGAGACCAUCAACCUCAACUCCUGCUCUUCCUGGUUCACUGAGAUGGGAUCAACUGGUCGAGCAGUGGACGCCAUCCAUGUGACCCAGCUGGAGAGGGACACCUUGCUAGUGUGCCUGGACAAAAAUCUCAAGAUCGUUAACCUCCAGGGAAGACUGAAGUCCAACAAGAAGCUAGCCUCGGAGCUCAGCUUUGACUUCACCAUUGGAUCCGUUGUGUGCCUUCAGGACAGUGUUCUGGCCUUCUGGAAGCACGGCAUGCAGGGAAAGAGCUUCAAGUCCAACGAGGUCACCCAGGAGAUUUCUGAUCCCAGCAGAGUCUUCCGCCUCCUAGGAUCUGACAGGGUGGUGGUUCUGGAGAGCCGGCCCACUGACAACCCCACAGCCCUCAGCAACCUCUACAUCCUGGCCGGACAUGAAAACAGUUACUAGCCCUGACCCCAGCCCUGUCCCUGUUACUGAGAACAGUUACUAGCCCUGACCCCAGCCCUGUCCCUGAGAACAGUUACUAGCCCUGACCCCAGCCCUGUCCCUGUUACUGAGAACAGUUACUAGCCCUGACCCCAGCCCUGUUACUGAGAACAGUUACUAGCCUUGAUCCCAGCCCUGUUACUGAGAACAGUUACUAGCCCUGACCCCAGCCCUGUCCCUGAGAACAGUUACUAGCCCUGACCCCAGCCCUGUCCCUGUUACUGAGAACAGUUACUAGCCCUGACCCCAGCCCCUGUUACUGAGAACAGUUAUUAGCCCUGACCCCAGCCCUGUCCCUGUUACUGAGAACAGUUACUAGCCCUGACCCCAGCCCCUGUUACUGAGAACAGUUGCUAAAGCUGUCUGGCCCAAAGACCGGUAGCCCUGUCUGGCUCAGCCUCUCUGAUCACCAAUAACCCUUCACUCAGCCUCUCUGAUCACCAAUAACCCUUCACUCAGCCUCUCUGAUCACCAGUAACCCUUCACUCAGCCUCUCUGAUCACCAGUAACCAUUCACUCAGCCUCUCUGAUCACCAGUAACCCUUCACUCAGCCUCUCUGAUCACCAGUAACCAUUCACUCAGCCUCUCUGAUCACCAGUAACCCUUCACUCAGCCUCUCUGAUCACCAGUAACCCUUCACUCAGCCUCUCUGAUCACCAGUAACCCUUCACUCAGCCUCUCUGAUCACCAGUAACCCUUCACUCAGCCUCUCUGAUCACCAGUAACCAUUCACUCAGCCUCUCUGAUCACCAGUAACCCUUCACUCAGCCUCUCUGAUCACCAGUAACCCUUCACUCAGCCUCUCUGAUCACCAGUAACCCUUCACUCAGCCUCUCUGAUCACCAGUAACCCUUCACUCAGCCUCUCUGAUCACCAGUAACCCUUCACUCAGCCUCUGUCCAGUGAAACAAACAACGAGGGUUGUUAUAGUGAACUACUUUCGACAGCCCCGUUCACCCUCUCCAGCCCCGUUCACCUUCUCCAGCCCCGUUCACCACUGCUCUUUUCUAGCCCCAUUCACCUUCUCCAGCCCCGUUCACCCACUCAGCCCCAUUCAUCACCGCUCUUUUCUAGCCCCGUUCACCCACUCAGCCCCAUUCAUCACCGCUCUUUUCUAGCCCCGUUCACCGCUGCUCUUUUCUAGCCCCAUUCACCCUCUCCAGCCCUGUUCACCCACUCCAGCCCCGUUCACCACCUCUCUUUUCUAGCCCUGUUCACCCACUCCAGCCCCGUUCACCACCGCUCUUCUCCAGCCCCGUUCACCACCGCUCUUUUCUAGCCCCGUUCACCUUCUCCAGCCCCGUUCACCACCGCUCUUUUCUAGCCCCGUUCACCUUCUCCAGCCCCGUUCACCACCUCUCUUCUCCAGCCCCGUUCACCUCCUUCUCCAGCCCCGUUCACCACCUCUCCAGCCCCGUUCACCUCCUCUCUUCUCCAGCCCCGUUCACCACCUCUCUCCUCCAGCCCCGUUCACCACCUCUCCAGCCCUGAGUCCUCUACUCAGAAUGGGCUAAAAACUGAUCGACUGGACUGGUGGAGCAGAAUGUAGGCAGGAAAGGUUCAGACCAAUGGACAGUCUUACUCUGGAGCCUCCACUUCUUCUCUCAACCUGUUACAUAUCAGCUGAAAUACUGCAAUAUGACAAGACAAUAUCUAGAGGUGUUACUGAAAACGACUACUAUAAUAAUUCAGAUAUUUAGGUCUGGUAGCAAAUGGGAGUGUUGUAUCUUUUUUGUCACAGGUCUGGUUGCCGAUUAGCUCUGGUCUAGGACGAUAGUGUGGCUUGCUAACUCUGUGCCUUGAACAGUUGGUUGAGUUACAGGCUCUAGUUUAACUAAUUAUAGAAUGGUUCCCAAAGAAAAUCAUUUCAACUUUAUUUAUUAAUCUCGAAGCAAUAUUCGGGUAUGUUGGAUUUACUAGCCGUGAGAGAGAGUUCAGUUUUGAUGUUAUUUUCAAUACACUUGAGGUGUUGUCGUUUCAUCCAAACGUUUUGACAGUUGGUCAAUCUGCCUUGCAUCGUUGAGUUUUUUUUAAAUAUUUUUUUUAUUUACUUCAUAGACAUCUGAUGUCAUCUACGUCCCAAAUGGAACACUUCCCUGGGGCUCUGGUCAAAUCCUAUCUAUGGUUAGGAGGUCAUCACAACUAAUGUCUUGGUUACAGUCAAGGGAUUCCAUGUCAGGAAUGGCUACGGUUUCAUCACCCAUGAAACCCACCAGGUUAUAAAGGAAAUUUAACCCAAGGAUGACUGCCAGAUUUAAAGGUUUAUAAAGGGGUUUUACAUGGCAUGAUGUCACUGUCAGACUGAUGUAAAUGGCAGACACAUUAUAAAACCUUUUAGGGUGAAACGAGAUAAAGGUUGACAUUAAAGUUGAAAAUAAGAGAACUUUGAAAGUGUGAACUGUCCCCUUUAAGUAGAGAGAGAUAGGGUGAACUGUCCCCUUUAAGUAGAGAGAGAGAGGGUGAACUGUCCCCUUUAAGCAGAGAGAGAGAGGGUGAACUGUCCCCUUUAAGCAGAGAGAGAGAGGGUGA